UUUUUUUUUUUUGGAGAUAGGGGGCAGGGGGGUGUCUCACUUUGUUGCCCAGGCUGGUCUCAAAUUCGUGGGCUCAGGCAAUCCUCCCACCUCGCCCUCCCAAAGUGCUGGGAUUAUAGACGUGAACCACUAUGCUCAGCAGUAGGUUGCAAUUAAAUCAUGCACUUAUGGCUCUCAAAAUCGUUCUAGGAACUGCCACAGGUGCAGGGGCUAUAAAAGUAAAUACGCCCACUUAGAAAAUGGGGAUAAUUCUAUGUCACAGAGUUGUAAAGAUUACAUGAAUUAAUACAGAUUAACACACUGGGAACAGCGUCAAGUGCAUAAGCACUAUGUAAACUUUAGCUAUUAUUUGCUAUUAUUGUAUUUGCUGUUAUUGCUCUCUAGGUGCUCCCAGGGGGCUAAGAAGUCGUGGGAAGAAAGAAAUGAUUCUAAGAGAAUCCAGUAAGGGCUAGAAUGGAAGUGAGCAAACAAUGCUGAGGCCCACAGCACAUGUUGUACUGCGGGGUUCAAAUCCCAUAAGGCCAGCAGCACCCGGGGUCUGUGAGCCCUCCAGAGUUGGGCCCUGGUGGUCGAGUCCAGUCCUGGGGGUCAUUCCAUUCCCUCCCUCAUUAUAAAUUGGGGCCUGAAGGCCCGGGGCGGAAGAAAGGGGUCCACAAUACUGCACGGUUAGAGGCCGAGCCAAGGCUGGAUCCGGCCAGACCUACACAGCUCUUCCUUAGCCUCCACAUUCCCUCAGGGUGUGGGGCGCCAGGUUGGGGGCGAGGUAGUGGAGGCCCAACGGAGGCCGAAGCUAACUGGACGGCGCCUCGCGAUGAGAACUACGCUUCCCAGCAUGCGACGGGGCAAGGGGGCCUUUCAGCCGCGAGCAGUGUCUCGCAGGGUCUGCUGGGAGUUUUCAUUGACCUCUGAUCCCCCCGCUCAUUUUGAUCCGCGCUAGUCCACUCUAGGCUCCGCCCCCUUCUGAGAGCGGAUGACCUGGCAGAGUCCCGCGAGCCGCUUCCUUCUUCCCCUCUCAUUGGCCCAGCCUAGCUGCCAUUCGGUUGCGAGGAGGAGAAGUUGCUUACUGAUUGGUGGAUUCCGUUUGGCGCCAACUAGGAAAGGGGGGCGGGGCAGCAGCGGCCCCCACUGAGCUGCUAUUACCGCGAAAGGCCAGAUUGGCUGCGACAGCCUGGGUAAGAGGUGGAGGUCGGCUCGGUUUUCUGCUACCCAGAGCUGGGCAAGCGGGUGGGAGAACAGCGAAGACAGCUUGAGUCUGGGCCGUUGCCUCGAGGCUCUCGCCCGCCUUCUCUCGCUGACCCGCCGCGUUUGUUUGGAUUUAAUCUUCAGGUUGCCGGCGCCCGCCCGCCCGCUGGCCUCGCGGUGUGAGAGGGAAGCACCCGUGCCUGUGGCUGGCGCCUGGAGGGUCCGCACACCCGCCCGGCCGCGCCGCUUGCCCGCGGCAGCCGCGUCCCUGAACCGCGGAGUCGUGUUUGUGUUUGACCCGCGGGCGCCGGUGGCGCGCGGCCGAGGCCGGUGUGUGCGGGGCGGGGCGGUCGCGGCGAAGGCGGAGGAAGAGGGAGCUGGAGAUCUGCGAGGCCGGGCGCCGCCAUGGAACUGGGCCCGGAGCCCCCGCACCGCCGCCGCCUGCUCUUCGCCUGCAGCCCCCCUCCCGCGCCGCAGCCCGUCGUGAAGGCGCUAUUUGGCGCGCCAGCCGCCGGGGGACUGUCGCCUGUCACUAACCUGACCGUCACUAUGGACCAGCUGCAGGGGCUGGGCAGUGAUUAUGAGCAACCACUGGAGGUGAAGAACAACAGUAAUCUGCAGAGAAUGGGCUCCUCUGAGUCAACAGAUUCAGGUUUCUGUCUAGAUUCUCCUGGGCCAUUGGACAGUAAAGAAAACCUUGAAAAUCCCAUGAGAAGAAUACAUUCCCUACCUAAGCUCUUGGGAUGUAGUCCAGCUCUGAAGAGGAGCCAUUCUGAUUCUCUCGACCAUGACAUCUUUCAGCUCAUCGACCCAGAUGAGAACAAGGAAAAUGAAGCCUUUGAGUUUAAGAAGCCAGUAAGACCUGUAUCUCGUGGCUGCCUGCACUCUCAUGGACUCCAGGAGGGUAAAGAUCUCUUCACACAGAGGCAGAACUCUGCCCCAGCUUGGAUGCUUUCCUCAAAUGAAAGAGAUAGCAGUGAACGAGGGAAUUUCAUUCCUCUUUUUACACCCCAAUCACCUGUGACAGCCACUUUGUCUGAUGAGGAUGAUGGCUUCGUGGACCUUCUCGACGGAGAGAAUCUGAAGAAUGAGGAGGAGACCCCCUCGUGCAUGGCAAGCCUCUGGACAGCUCCUCUCGUCAUGAGAACUACAAACCUUGACAACCGAUGCAAGCUGUUUGACUCCCCUUCCCUGUGUAGCUCCAGCACUCGGUCAGUGUUGAAGAGACCAGAACGAUCUCAAGAGGAGUCUCCACCUGGAAAUACAAAGAGGAGGAAGAGCAUGUCUGGGGCCAAUCCCAAAGAGUCAACUAGUCCAGAGAAGGCCCAUGAGACGCUUCAUCAGUCUUUAUCCCCGGCAUCUUCCCCCAAAGGAACCAUUGAAAACAUUUUGGACAACGACCCAAGGGACCUUAUAGGAGACUUCUCCAAGGGUUACCUGUUUCAUACAGUUGCUGGGAAACAUCAGGAUUUAAAAUACAUCUCUCCAGAAAUUAUGGCAUCUGUUUUGAAUGGCAAGUUUGCCAACCUCAUUAAAGAGUUUGUUAUCAUUGACUGUCGAUACCCAUAUGAAUAUGAGGGAGGCCACAUCAAGGGUGCAGUGAACUUGCACAUGGAAGAAGAGGUUGAAGACUUCUUACUGAAGAAGCCCAUUGUACCUACUGAUGGCAAGCGUGUCAUUGUUGUAUUUCACUGCGAGUUUUCUUCUGAGAGAGGUCCCCGCAUGUGCCGGUACGUGAGAGAGAGAGAUCGCCUGGGUAAUGAAUACCCCAAACUCCACUACCCUGAGCUGUAUGUCCUGAAGGGGGGAUACAAGGAGUUCUUUAUGAAAUGCCAGUCUUACUGUGAGCCCCCUAGCUACCGGCCCAUGCACCAUGAGGACUUUAAAGAAGACCUGAAGAAGUUCCGCACCAAGAGCCGGACCUGGGCAGGGGAGAAGAGCAAGAGGGAGAUGUACAGUCGUCUGAAGAAGCUCUGAGGGCGGCAGGACCACCCAGCAGCAGCCCGAGCUUCCCUCCGUCCCCCUUUACCCUCUUUGCUGCAGAGAAACUUAAGCAAAGGGGCCAGCUGUGUGGCAUUUGGAGAGGGGGCCUGGGACUUCCAUGCCUUAAACCUACCUCCCACACUCCCAAGGUUGGAGCCCAGGGAAUCCUGCUGGCUACGCCUCUUCUGUCCCUGUUAGGCGUCCUCCGUCCAUAUCAGAACUGUGCCGCAAUGCAGUUCUGAGCACCGCGUCAAGCUGCUCUGAGCCACGGUGGGAUGAAGCAGCCGGGGCCUUUUCGGGCUCCAGCCAUCUCAUGAGGGGAGAGGAGAUGGAGGGGAGUAGAGAAGUUACACAGACAGAAAUGCUGCUGGCCAAAUAGCAAAGACAACCUGGGAAGGAAAGGUCUUUGUGGGAUAAUCCAUGCCUUUAAUUUAUUCAACUUCAUCAAUCACUUUAUUUUAUUUUUUUUCUAACUCCUGGAGACUUACUUUACUGCUUCAUUAGGUUGAAAUACUGCCAUUCUAGGUAGGGUUUUAUUAUCCCAGGGACUACCUCGGCUUUUAAUUAAAAAAAAAAAAAAGAAAAAGAAGGGGGUAAGAAAAUAUAAACCUGUUAUAAGUUAUGGGACAGAAAGCUAGGUGCUCUGUUACCCCCAGGAAGUGCUGUGGUACUGGGGCUGCUGCUAUUUAAGCCAAGAACUGAGGUCCUGGUGAGAGCGUUGGACCCAGGCUUGGCUGCCUGACAUAAGCUAAAUCUCCCAGACCCACCACUGGCCACUGAGAUCAAUUUGGUGGGAGAUGUGGCCCUGUUCUUCCUCACCCCAGUUCCAUGACAUUGGCUGGUAUAGGAGCCACAGUCAGGAAAGCACUUGAGGCAGCGUCCAGGGCCACCCCUAGCUCAGUGCUGGAAUGUUGCAGUGUAGGUUUCCCAGGGAAGGGGGGUGGGGCUGGGUGGGCUCCACAGGAUGGGGGAGGAGCAUGUCCACUGAGUGUCUUCCUUAUGUUGCUGUGAUAUUGUUUGAUAGCUUUUAUUUUCUAAUUUUUUAAAAAUGGUCAUAUUAUGAGUCAAAGAGUAUCAAAUCAGUGUUGCAUGGGCCACCCAAGGGUGAGGAGAGGGGCUGGAAGCCCUGGGCAUUAGGAGAAGGGAGUGGGUGCUGGCAUGGACAUGACUGGAUAGAAUUUUCUCAGGAGGGAGCUUGGUGGAUUUUGAAGGUAAAACUUUCUGGGUUUAUCAUGUUUUAAUUUGAGAGACAGGGAGUGAUGAAUCAUCACCGGUUGUCCCUUAUCUAACCCCAUAGACGUGGGGAUUUCAAAAGAGCACCUCAUCCAAGGAGCUGGGGCUGACUUCAUUGAUUCUAGAGAGGCCUGUUUCAGUGCCUACUCAUCCCCACCCUCUGGUGCCAGCCUCCUUACCAUCACGGCUUCAUUGAGGUGUAGGCAGUUUUUUCUUAAAACGAGACAGCCUCUCCCCUUACCUCAACUUCCUAUUCUUGGGGUGGGGGGGUGGGAAUCAAGUGAUACUGGAGAUAGCUAGUUGCUGUGUUAUGGGUUUGAGUUACAUUUGGCUAUAAAACAAUCUUGUUGGGAAAAAUGUGGGGGAGAGGACUUCUUCCUACACGCGCAUUGAGACAGAUUCCAACUGGUUAAUGAUCUUGUUUGUAAGAAAGAGAUUCUGUUGGUUGAGUGCCUGAAGAGAAAGGUGGGAUGGCCUUCAGAUUAUACCAGCUUAGCUAGCAUUACUAACCAACUGUUGGAAGCUCUGAAAAUAAAAGAUCUUGAACCCAU